AUGGCUUUUCAAAACAACAUCGUGCCCCAAAGCCCUCUUCAAUGGCUACCCAUUGACAUAAAGAUAGAUGUCAUGGAAGCCCUUGAUAUUACCUCUCUCUACGCACUCGUAACAACCUGCAAAGAUUUCUACAACAUUCAAAAGAAAUACGGAGGCAUCAUUCUUCGCACAAUCACCACCAAUGCUCUAGGUGACGCCCUCCCAUCGGCUAUGGCCUUACACGCAGCAAGGCUUACCGAAUGGGUAACAGAAUUGCCCGCAUAUUCUGAUGAUGAGCUUGUGGUUCUGGUACACAAUUUUGGCCGUAGAUAUCUCAAUCGGAAUGAGAUAUGGAUUAACCCGCAAGACUUCUCCUUUCCCAUGGCUUGGGAGCUUAUUUCUUUCCAUCGCAUCGUCGAGCAUUUUGCUGAAGAAUUCAUGGAGGAUACAUUGUCAGACACGUACUUACGGAAUUCUCGGGAUAACAUAAUUCUAGAACCUACAAGCACAGAGAUUGCCAGAGUGCAACUCACAUUCUAUUGUAUGGAGAUAUCUCGAGAACUUCUCCCUUUCCACGUUACUGGGCUGAACGGUGGUGAGGGUAAUGAACUAUCAUGGCAAAUGCUCUGGCACUAUUUCGCACCAUGGGAGAAUCGCAUCGCCGAAGAGAUUACCGAUUUCCUAGACAAAUAUCUUGGUAAUGCUAUUUGUCAAGGAUCUAUCAAUAUGAGACAAGGAGACGUAGUUUACAACAGUUGGUAUGCUGCUACAGGAUUACGUGGCUUUGAUAAAUUGGCCGACGACGAGGUUGUAUCUCUCAAUACCGCCGAUAUCGAAACAAGCCCAGAAGUGUUCCGUCGCAAGUGUUAUUUCGCACCCGGUGUAUCUGGUUUCACAUGGCUGCGCCCUGUUUCGGGGGACCUCAUGGUUCGAUCUUUCAACAUAGACCACCUCUUAGCGACAUUUCCUCAGAAAGAAAACGGUGCAUGCGAUAACUGGUACUUCACGAUCGUCUCAGAGCAGCACAACCCCUUAUAUGCUGAUUCAGAGCUCCUUCCUUGGGAAACUGCUUGGUGGGACCGUGCUCGAAUUAACACCGUAUUUCCAGGUAUCCUUCCCAGUAUAGCAGAGAUCCAAGAUAUGGCAGAAGGCAAUGAAUACACUGGGGGUAUCUUCGAGCCGGAUGUCGACUAUUGCGCAGAGAUUGGCUAUUAG